CGCGCCGGGAAGAUGGUGGUCACCAGGUCUGCGCGGCCUCAGGCCGGGCUCCAAGCCACGUCAGCUGAAAGCUCCCAACCGAAGGAUUCUGCAAAAAGAAUUCAAGCACAUCCAAAAGGCAGGAAGGAGUCUCCAUCUGAUGACCCAAGUACUGCUGAAUCACAGACCACUAAGAAACAAAGUCCAGCUCCUUCAGCCAGGAAGAGGAAGAGCAGAACUACAGGCUCAUUACCAGAAAUGAACAAACCUACUGAUGGAGAGAUCUCUGAAGCAGAGUCAACUUGUUCUUCUGUGUCCGAGGUCCAGGAUCCCAUUUUCAGAAUAACCAGGAGAAGGCAGAUCUUAGUUACAGGCACCCCAGUUUCCAGUGUAAGGAAAAGACCGAAAGUAACUCCAGUAAAUGAGUCUCAUACUGAGGAAGAAGUCUCUGAAGCAGAAUCUCAUGCGUCAGGUAUUUCUAGAAUUGUGCGUCCCACAGUGAUAGCUACACAAACCAGAGGAAGCAAGGCUAAGUCCCUAACAGGUCCAAGCCAAGAAUCAUACAUGGAAGCUGUUUCUGAUGCUGAGUCAUCAUGCUCAGAGGUUUCUUCCUUUUCUGGAAUUGCAGCGAGGAGGACAACAAGGAGUAUGCAGAGGAGAUUACAGGCACAAACUGAGGAGAAUGAUACUAUGAUUGUAGCAGGAAAUGAAAAGCAAGGCGUAGAUACACCUGUGAAUUCCAAGGAUUCAGAAACCAGACGAACUUCUUGUCGUUUACUAGCAAGGUCGCUUUCUCAGAUCAAUAAGCCGAAUCUCUAUAAUAAUGAAAUUUAUAAUGACCUUGAUGAGGAUCCCUUCUUCGGAAAUUCAGGAAAAACAUUAAUUGCACAAAAACACCCAAGUGUUAAUAUAAAUGAGGAAGAACAGGAAAACGUUUCACCUCUCAAACACAUAACAAAGCGGAAUUGUGAGAGUUCAGAUGAAGAAGCCAAAGAACCAAUAGAUGAGGGAAAAGAAAUUAAUGAGAAAGAUUCUCAGUUGAAUCUUCCUGAACUGCAGGACACCAGCCUUCAGCAGUUAGUUUCUCAAAGGCAUUCCACCCCCGAAAAUAACAAAACCACAUCAGAGCCCUCAAAUCUGAACUGUGAGGCUGUAAUGAAAUCAUUAGCUCACACAUUUGCAGUUGUGGAAGUGGACAGAUGCGAUGAAGGAAGAAAGAGCACCAUAAAAACAAGCGACUGGACAGAACUUGGUGGCGGUGAUGAAGAGUGCACAGUUACAGGUGACAGCCAAGACAUGGACGAAGAAAGGGAUGUGGAUUUUGAGUGUGAUGCCAAACUGCGUAAUCCUGAACUCAACGCAUCUCAGGAUAAAGAUGAUUCGGUUUUAUUAGUUCUCAGCAGUGAUGAAAGCCAGCAGUCGGAAAGCAGUGAGGAUGAAGAGGACACUAUCUGUUUUGUUGAAAAUAGUGGUCAAAAGGAAUCAUUAAAUGGAGACUCAGAAACUACAUCACAUGGCAGUGCUUUGUUUGUAAUUGACACAACUCCUGGAUUGAGUGCUGAUAAAAAUUUUUACCUGAAUGAAGAAGACAAGGCCAGUGAGGUUGUCACUGAGGAAGAAGAGGAGGAGGAGGAAGAUGAGGAGGAAGAGGAAGAAAGUGAAGAAGAACCAUCAGACCACGACAGAAAUAAAGAUAAUGAGUUUAGUGAUGAAGACAACUUACUAAAUAGCACAAAAUCUAAACUUCUGAAGUUGACGAGCAGCAGCAUAGACCCUGGUCUAAGUAUUAAGCAGUUGGGUGGUUUGUAUAUUAAUUUCAAUGCAGACAAGCUACAGUUGAACAAGAGAACCCUAACACAGCUCAAGGAGAAAAAGAAAAAUGAGCUUCUUCAGAAAGCCGUCAUUACUCCUGAUUUUGAGAAAAACUACUCUGUCCCACCAUAUAGAGAAUCAAAGUAUAAACUUCAGAAAAAACGCAGACAAGAACGGCAAAAGACAGCAGGUGAUGGCUGGUUUGGUAUGAAAGCUCCAGAACUGACAGAUGAACUAAAAAACGAUCUCAAAGCCCUGAAGAUGAGAGCUAGCAUGGACCCCAAAAGGUUUUAUAAGAAAAAUGAUAGAGACGGCUUCCCCAAGUACUUCCAGAUUGGAACCAUCGUUGACAACCCAGCUGACUUCUACCACUCGCGAGUCCCCAAGAAGCAAAGGAAGAGGACGAUUGUGGAGGAGCUGCUGGCCGACUCUGAGUUCAGAAGAUAUAACCGAAGAAAGUACUCAGAGAUCAUGGCUGAAAAGGCGGCCAAUGCAGCAGGAAAGAGGUUUCGAAAGAAGAAGAAAUUCCGCAAUUAAGAUUCACGAAGCAAACCACACAGUUUUACAUCUCCCCGUAUUUAUUUACUACAGGUAUUUUGAAAACUAACACCAGCAUCACAUAAAUUAACAUGAACUGGCCCUGUUUACAUACAGGGAAUUGUGUGUGGAAAAAGCUGAUGUCUUGAGAAAAGAUGGAUAAUGUGCCCCUUGGAAUAAAAACAAGUGUGUCUGCAAGAGGUCC